GAUCAGAACGUAAAAAUGAAUUUGAAGUCUUAUUGGUCAGAGGCGUUCAAAAUAUACAGAAAGUUUCAUAUCCUAGUAUCAGAAGUUGGAUAACUAGCAUAGUGAUCAGUCCAUAUCAAGAGCUAAGUUCUACUAUGCAGACCCAGCAGAAACUAACAUUUGAAUUGGUGAAUAGAAUCUUAGUAGGUGAAUUUGUGGCACUCCACAGGAACGUCUGGAAAGCCAUUAUGAAUGAGUUUGAUAGAUUGUAUGGUGCAAUUAAUAAAGUUCAUGACGAUUUUCUUGGUUGCUUUCACACCAUCAAGCACGUUAUAACUGUGAAUUCAAAUUAUCUUAUCCUUUCAAAUCCUAAUUUAUCUAAAAAGCAAGUGCAAAAGCUUUUCGAAAAGUUCAAAUUAGAACAUAAGUUUAAAGUUUGUCCAGAUGUUAUUGAAGAUAUCUACUUGCAGACAAAUGGAUAUGUUUAG